GACACCUGCCAAUGUGGAAUGGAGACCGCGCCUGUUGGCGAAUGGGUAUUAUUCCGCCAGCGUGCAAAGUCGUGACCCGUUGCUGGAUCUUGAUGCAUGUGCGUUGCGCCUCAUCCAAUAAGUGGCAGUGCGGCUGGUUUUCAUAGCUUUAAAAGAAACUUCCCAUUCUGAGCCGCAACUCUGAUAUUCAUCAAGACUCUGCAGUUGCCGGAUCGAAAUUCCUCGUUCUACGACACAAUGAGCAACAAAAACAAAAACAACACCAACAAGUACGCCACAUGGACGAACAAGCGGUCGUCCCCAAGUGGACGCCGCCUGAGGGUCGAACCUGCCACGCCGAUGGAGACCUUCUCACCGGACCGUUUCUCGAACCAAUACACACCAGUUCAGGAGACCUUCACGAUAGACAUCUUCGCAAACCAACCCGCCACCGCUAUUGGUACCCACUCCACAGAAUCUUAUACUACAAUCCCAGAGUCCAAGCCAGUCCAAAACUAUGACGCACGUCUGUCAUAUUGGACCAUCGCCCAGAUUGGUCUGCGCAUUGCAUCUCUCGUCCUCGUGGGCAUCUUGAACGGGAUGAGUAUUCGUGGAUACGUUAGCUCCCUGCUCGUGUGGCUAGCCCUUAGCCUCACAACCACCAUCUGGGAAAUCUCUGAAUUGGCAGUCUUUGCCAAGCAUCGUACUCAUGGCAUCAAACCCAUGAUCCGUUUCAUCAUGGAAUUGAUCCUCACGUUUGGGUCUCUGGGCUAUGUGGCGCUCGCAAUCGUCCAACUGGUCGAUAUCUCCAACGUGACCAACUAUACCUGGAGGUAUGGGUCGGUCGAGUACGGCUUUGCUCUUGGUCUGUGUGCGUGCUUGGCUAUUAUUCAUGCCAUCCUCUGCACCCGUGCAUUCAAAGACUGCGCUGCGAUGAAGAAGUUAGGUGCUCACUAUGCCGUUUGAGAUUUCUAGGGUGCAUGGGCAAUUCUAUUUCUGGGCAUGGUGAGGCAUUCAUGACUAGCACAAAGCAAGAUCAACAGACUCGAGGGUGUUCGAAUAACAGUUAUAAAAAGAAUAAUGACGUCUGCUUUCUUGAGUAUAUAUUUCGAUCAGAACCCCUAGAGAUGCCGCUUUCAAUAGAACGUAGGGAUGGAUUUGAUGGAACACUGAUAGGGAUCGCAUAUACAGGGGGCGGGGCUGCAUUGCUGUAGGCUUUUGGGAGAUUGAAUUACCAUACCUUUUCUUCUAGUCUAUGAUAUGUGCACGAUUUCUGUCAAUAGUCCUAAAGAAACUGUAAGGGCAGC